AUGGCAAAUAAAGACAGGAAACGUUAUGAAAUAGAUUGUACAUGUUUGGACCUAUUCGAGGAGUCCAUAAGAGGUUACAACUUCAAUGACUGUGUAGUGAUAAAGAAGUGUAUAAAAAAUGGAACACUCAAGGAGGCGGAUAGUGUGUGUAUAUAUGGAAGAGAAAAAUGCGGAAAAACGCUUCUUUUGACGGAAAUUGUAGCCGAGAUGACGGCGGUAAAGGAACUUAACGGAAUGAACUGCAAAGUGGUGUAUCUGGAUUGCGACCUUACGUUUAACUAUAACAAUUACGAAAAUAUUAUAUGGAAAAAAAUUAAGAAACAUGUAAACUACAACCAUAGUAAUACCUGGGGCAGUGGUGGUAGUUACCAAAAUAUGAAUUUAGGAAAAGCCUAUUUGGAAAAUUCUUUUUCGAACAUAUAUUAUUUUCGAAUAUUUAAUCCAGGUCAUCUACUACUCGUUUUAAAUACGUUAAAAAAUUUAUUAAAAAAAAAAAAAUUUUUUGAAGCUUUAUUUAUUGAUUCUCUAUCCUUCUGGAAUGCCUACAAAUAUGACAAGGUAAAUUGGUUCUCUGAUAAUAAUUACGUAAGAAGGAAAACGUGUGAUUUGCUGGAUUAUGCAUUUACACUCAUUUUGAAUUUGAAGAAAAGGUACAAAUUUUUAUUCUUCUAUUCGAAGCUUUGUAGCGAGGAGAAAUUUAUUGACUACACUGUUAACUUGGUUGUUGAAAAGCCAAGGAAACAAAAUAAAGGCAGUGUAAUUGAGGGGGAGACGCACAAGCGGAAAGGGAUAAUUGAGAAAAAAGAAACGCACUUAACUGUUAAGGAACAUACUACACAGGAAGAGUCCUUUCUGAUUCCACAUAGCUUCAAUGACAUCCUAAAUACACACAUAUUUCUAAAAAAAGACUUCAUGAGCAAUAAUAUUUUAGUGGAGAAACCAUUCUUCAUUUAUUUAAUACCAAAUGAGAAGAAGAGGAAGAAGAAAGGGCAUAUCGCUGAUAUUCAUCAGGAGGAGGAUUUCCCCCACUUGAACAUCUUAAUGUGUUUAUCGUCCGAAAUGAAGGAUGCUGACAAGGAUCAGUAUUUAAAAUUUUUUUUUAUGAUAACAAAUUCGCACACAAUUACACCGUUGUAA